AUGGCAUCAUUUUUACUUUCAGAAUGUUUAGAAAAGAUUUUUUUAAAUUUUAUUAAAGAACAUUCUUUUAAUGAUAUCGGUUCAAAUAUACCAUCAAAAGAAUUAUUUUCAUGUACUUUAGUAUCAAGACAUUGGUGUAGAAUAUCAACACCACUUUUAUAUUCUUAUCCAUUUCAUCAUUUUCGUCAUAAAACUUCUUAUAAUUCAUUUUAUAAAUUGAUUCGUACAUUAUUAUGUUGUGUUCCACAAACCGAAAUAAUACAACUAUUAAAAAAUAACAACAACAACAACAACAACAACAACAACAACAACAACAACAACAAUAAUAAUAAUAAUCAAUUUUAUAAAAUUAAAUCUAAUAAUACAGUUUUUAAUUAUAUUUCUUUAAUACGUGGAUUAAUAGUUGAUGAAUUAAUGUUUAAAUCACAGUAUUUAAUUAUAUAUAAAGAAAUAUGGUUAUCAUCAUAUAAUCCAAGAAUGAUGUCAACGGAUUUAAUAAUUAAAAUUAUGAAUUAUUUCGUAAAAUUUUUAUGUAAAAAUUUGAAUAAUUUAACAAUAUUAGAAUUUCCUUUUACUAUGAAAAAUAAUGAUAUAAUUGAAUUAUUAACAAUUAAAGAUUGUAAUGGAAAAAGUAAAUUAAGUGAUUUAAAAGAAUUAUAUUAUAUUAAUAGUUAUAUAAGUAGAGAUAGUAAUAAUAAUAUUAAUAAUAAUAAUAAUAAUAAUAAUAAUAAUAAUAAUAAUUUGAAUAAUGAAAUAUUAUUACCAAAAAGUCUUUAUUUUACACUUACAAAUACAAUUUGUAAUUUAAAUUUACUUUAUAACAAAAGGAUUAAAACUAUUGAAGAAGCAAAUUAUUUAUCUCAAUUCAUUUCUAUACAAAAAAAUUUAAAACAUAUUAUAUUAUCAGAAAAUCGUUAUGAUUUAUUAUUUUAUAGUUUGGAUAGAUUAUUUUAUAGUAAUUCUGAUAAUAAAUAUAAUAUAGUUUUAAGUUCUUUAUCAACUCAAAGUGAAAGUUUACAAAUAUUAGAAUUUAAGAAUUUAUAUUUUGGUGAUAUUAAUACAAAUGUUAUAAAAUCUUUAAGUUUACUUAAAAAUAUAAGAAUUUUAAAAUUAUAUAAAUGUAGAAAGAUAAAUGAUAAUUUACAUUCUUGGGCAAAAAAUUUAUCAAAACUUGAAAUUUUUGAACUUGUUGAAAGGUAUUAUACAAAUAUUUCUGAAGAUUUUUUAAUUCAAUUAAUUCAUUCUUCUUCAAAUACUUUAAUUAAAUUAGUUAUAAAUUAUGAAAGAGUUGAAAAACAAGGUAUUAGAUUAUUUCAAAAUUUUCCUACUUUUUUAAUUUCUUUAAAAUAUUUAGAAUUACCAAAAAUUUUUUUAAAUGAAUUGAUUUUUAUACUUAAAUCUUGUAUUAAACUUAAUUUUCUUAGUAUAAUAUUAUCAAAUGAUGAUUUAUUUGAAGAAAAUUUAAAAAAUUUGGCUAAUUUUUUACCUAAAACUUUAAAAAGAAUUAGAUUUAGGGAAACUAAUUGUUCUAUUAUAUCUAUUAAUUCUUUAAAUUAUUUUUUAUUUGAAUCAAUAUUAAAUAGUGGUUGUAAUUUAAAAUAUUUAGAAUUUAAUGAUUCUAAUGGUUUUGAUCAAGAUUAUAUUAAUUUAACUAAACAUUAUGGUGUCGAAUUAGUAAAAAUCUAAAGUGGGAGUGUGGUGGGACUUUAUAUAAUAUAUUAUUUUUAAAUAAACUUGAAUUUUUAACCUCAUUGAGC